AUGGAACCUGGUAGAGCUGCCGCGGAAGAAGUGAAGAUGCUGGCGGUCGUGGAAGGGGAUGCGCGGCCGGAGGCGGUUGGAGGGGAUGGCGGAGCUGGAGAGGAGAAGAAGACGGCGGACGGUGCAAGCAAGACCGCCGUGGAGACCUCCGUCAUCGGCUCUCCCGCCGUCGGCCCGUUGGUGGCGGCAACGGCGGAUGUGGACGGCGACGAAUCUGCUACAGGGAAGGGCGAUGCGGGUGAUGCUGCGGGUGAUGGUGCCGCAGCCGUCACGGUGGUGGCGGAUCUGGUGGAUCAGGCUGAACCGUCCGCGGCCUUGAAGGUGGUGGCGGAUCUGAUCGGUGCGGAGGCGUCCGGCCAUGUCUGCGAGGUCAAGGACGACAUGCAGAUGGAGGUUAGUCGGCGAAGGUUCCGAGAAGCGGAGCGCGAGGAGGAGGAGCCUGUGCCUCCUCCAAUCCAGGAGCUAGGACAUGUCCCUCCUCCAAUCCAGGAGGAGGAAGUACCUGUCCCUCCUCCAAUCCAGGAGGAGGAAGAACCUGUGCCUGCUCCAGCAUUGCCUGCUCCACCAGUGCCUGCUCCACCAGUGCCUGCUCCACAUGUCCCUGCUCCAUAUGAGGAGUUGCAGGAUUCAGAUGGCUCCCUGGAGUAUGACUCCCAGGAUUUAUCCGAGUCCGUGGACAGCAGGAACAUUGGAUCCUUCAAGACCAAGCUGAUGCAGAAGCUGGAUGCUGGGGCCUUCCCUUUCAAGAAGAGGGGGAAGUACUUCUGUCCAUGGCACAAGGUGAAGCCCGGGGAUGGCAAGCUUAAAAGCUCGAGGCAGACACUGCGAGGAGCUAGCCCAUACUGGCACCUCCAAGCAGAUUAG